UUUACAAAUUAAUGUUUUGCUUUGUUAAUUUUUUGUGUUAAGCCGGUUUAUAUUGGUAACAAAAACUCUUGGCAACUCUAAAUAGAGUGAGAUAAAACGACCAGAGGCACAUUUUAGUUGGUUGAAUAUCGAAUUGGAAAAGUCCGGAAAUUUCAUUAUUUAAUUGUACGACAUACGUGUUUAUUCUAUAAAUAAGUUAUUACCUUCAAGAUGCCGGAUGAGGUGCAGCAAACAUUUGUCCGUAGUUUUAUCGACUACCUGAAGAAACAAAUUGAAUCACAAGCCUUUACGCCCGAUGCCCAAGAAAGCUGUGAAGUCGCUAUCCAAUGCCUGCAGGCGGCCUUUGAUCUGGGGGAAGAAGAAGCUGAGGAACAGUCUCAAACAGCGGCAGAACCGUCUGGAGGCAAUACAGGAACUACUUCCAGUGCAUUAUCCUCCACAGUUAAUCCCAAAGAAGUGAAUCUGUUUGAUUUGUUCGAGAUGCAUUACUUGGAAAGAAAUCCCGAGAUAUUGAAAAUGACUGAAACCAUAAAGAAUGAAGGGAAUCGUCUAAUGAAGGAUGGGAAAUACAAUGAAGCUUUGCUGCAAUACAAUCGCGCCAUCACAUACGAUCCCAAAAAUCCAAUAUUCUACUGCAACAGAGCGGCCGCCUAUAUCAGAUUGGGCGAUAAUGAAAAGGCCAUUGUGGAUUGUAAAUCGGCUUUGGUGUACAAUCCCAAUUACGGCAAGGCAUAUGGUCGCCUAGGCAUCGCCUAUUCGAAUUUGGGCAAAUAUGAGGAAGCCCAACAGGCCUAUGCCAAAGCAAUCGAUUUGGAACCGGAGAACCAGGACUAUCGCAAUAAUUUGGAAGUAGCUCGUAAUGCCCGCAAUCAUGCACACGCCAAUGUGAUACCUAACUUGCAAGAAGGACUGAAUUCAAUGAUUUCCAAUCCCGUCAUUCGUAAUCUCUUCAGUAGUGCAGAAAUUGAUCUAGACCAGCUGCAGUCCAUGCUCCAAAAUCCAAUGGUCAUGAAUACCAUCAGUCAACUAUUUUCGGGAACGCGAGGCGGUGUUGGUGCUGCUGGCUUGGGCGGUGCAGGACUAGGUGGUGCUGGUGGCAUCGGUCCCAUGCCCAACGAUAUGUUACAAUUGUUCCAGAGUUUUGCUCAACAAUUAGGAGCUGCUACCGGCCAAGCUCAGAAUCCGGGCAACCAAAAUCCUUCAUCGAAUAACGAUCAGCCUCCACCUCCAUCAUCUAAUUGAGAAGGCGAUUAAUUCGUUAACCGAAGCAGUCGCAAGCAAUAUGUUUCCUUUCUUUUUUUUUAAUUAUAUUUAAUUAUUCAAUAAUGCAUUUCUAAAGUUUAUUAAAACGCAGAGACAAACCAGAGAACAUCAAUAUAAAUAUGUAUUAACUUUGUAAUAGUGUGUUUUUAGGAUUUCCGCAAAUUUUUAGAAAAGCGGGAUUUUAAUUAACAAUAAUAAAAAGCUUAAAUAUGCAACAAAAUUACAA